AGCCAACCGCCACCUGCCUCUCUCUCCCUUUUUGUUUGAAAUCCACAUUAAACAAAAACCCUAAUUUCUCUCUCUCUCAAAUUUUUAAGAAUUCAACAGAAAAUGCAAAUCAAAACCCUAAUUCAUUCUUCAACAAUUCCAUUUCAAAACCCUAAUUUUAAAAAACAUCCACAACCAUCAAUUCUAUUAAAAAACCCACCUAUCCAUCUCCUUCUAAGUCCCAAAGUUCCUACAAAAUUAAAUAUUUUGACACCAAGAAAUCAUCUUUAUGGUUUGAAAGCCAAUCUUAGUAGCCAAAGUCAAGAACUUUUCGAUACUGACAAUGAAAUUGAGGGUGAAAAUGACAGUGAAACUAGCUCAAUUUUGGACGAAGAGGGGAUAGAAGUGGAUAUGAAUAGAGAGGGAUUGGAGAAUCAGAGUUUAUGGAGUCAAAUAAAGGAGAUUGUUUUGUUUACAGGACCUGCUACAGGGCUUUGGUUAUGUGGGCCAUUAAUGAGUCUAAUUGAUACUGUGGUUAUUGGUCAAGGGAGUUACAUUGAACUUGCCGCUUUAGGGCCUGCGACGGUUUUAUGUGAUUAUACGAGUUAUGCGUUCAUGUUCCUUUCAAUUGCCACUUCGAAUAUGGUUGCAACUUACCUUGCCAGACGGGACAAAAAUCAAGUGCAGCAUCAAAUAUCUAUCCUUCUCUUUGUUGGGAUGACUUGCGGCCUGCUUAUGCUCUUAUUUACAAGAUUCUUUGGUUCAUGGGCACUAACUGCUUUCUCAGGACCAAAAAAUGCACAAAUUCUACCUGCAGCAAAUACAUACGUUCAGAUUCGAGGCUUAGCAUGGCCUGCAGUUCUUGUAGGAUGGGUUGCUCAAAGUGCAAGUCUCGGCAUGAAAGAUUCGUGGGGGCCUCUAAAGGCUUUGGUGGUUUCUAGUGUUGUAAAUGGUGUUGGUGAUGUAGUCCUCUGCAGCUUUUUAGGCUAUGGAAUUGCUGGUGCUGCAUGGGCCACAAUGGUGUCACAGGUUAUUGCAGCUUAUAUGAUGAUAGAAGCUUUGAACAAAAAAGGAUACAAUGCAUUUUCCAUCUCUGUUCCAACACGUGACGAAAUCCUGACAGUAAUUGGGCUUGCUGCACCAGUGUUUGUGACAAUGAUAUCAAAGGUGGCUUUCUAUUCUCUCAUGAUAUAUUUUGCGACAUCUAUGGGCACACAUUCCGUGGCUGCUCAUCAGGUCAUGCUUCAAAUAAUGGGUAUGUGUACAGUAUUGGGCGAGCCUCUCUCACAAACUGCACAAUCAUUUAUGCCUGAGUUGAUAUAUGGUGUAAAUCGAAGUUUGGAAAAGGCUCGAAGGCUGCUAAAAUCACUUGUCACAAUUGGGGCUACAAUGGGAUUGCUUCUAGGGACCAUUGGUACAUUUGCUCCUUGGUUGUUCCCAAAUAUCUUUACACGUGAUCAGAAGGUCAUACAGGAGAUGUACAAAGUGCUGUUACCGUUCUUUAUGGCAAUUGCUGUGACACCUAGCAUUCAUUGCCUCGAGGGGACACUGUUGGCUGGACGGGAUCUUAGAUUCCUUAGCUUUUCAAUGACUGGAUGCUUUUCUUUGGGUGCUAUUGUACUGAUGCUUUUUAGCAGGAGAGGAUAUGGUUUGCCUGGCUGUUGGUAUGCACUUGUAGGAUUUCAAUGGGCUCGAUUUUUCCUUUCUCUUCGGCGACUUCUUUCUCCUGAUGGCAUACUUUUCUCCGAGGACUUGAGCCGCUAUAAAAUGGAGAAGCUGAAAGUUACUUAGCAUAGUGCAUGAGAGAAACAGGUCUCUAGAUGUCAAUAUGGUCUCUAGAGAGCUGUUGAAAUUACCUUUCAAAUGUAAAAUUACGAAUAGAUGAUGUUUAGAAUCGGAUUGUAAAAUUGAAUGGUAAAAUCGGAAGGUUUUACUUAGGUAAUAACACAUUAUCAAGAUGUAAUUUACGUGAGAAACCAACUUGUAACGUUUCUUUCUUAAGAUUUUUUAAACUAUUUUGAUGAAAA